CGCGUUUACCUAGAAUGGGGAUGGAGAGAGGGUACCCGCCUUUAUGGAGACCCAUUGUCAUCCCUAUACAAAAGGGGAGAAUAGUCAGAAUACAGCAGGCCACGUCCCGGCAAUCCAUCUUUCCUUAUCUCUCAGUUUCUGUCUCUCUGCUCCUAGCAACAGAGAUCAUGGUGGCGGCCACACUCUGCUUCCUCAAAACUCCCUAUUCUCCCUCAAAAGCCCCUUCACGGCUACUCCAAACUUCCAAACCUUUCAAAUCAAAUUAUCUCAAAAUCCUACACAUCCCCUCAAAAGAUCUUCAUCCGCUUCUCUUCCCCUCACAACCCUUGCACUACGUUUCUUUUUAGACACAAAGGCAAGUGAGUCAAGUGACAGUCUUUCUUCAAUUUCGAAAUUGAAAUGUCAAAGGGUUAAUCUGUUUUCUUCUGGGGGGUUUUGAUUUUUGAACUGUGAAUGAAUGCACAGGAUGCGCUUGCCAUUAAUGGGGAGUUUGGAAUUCUGGAGGGGAAGAACGUUUUCUCUUAUACACCCCAUUGUGAUGGGAGGGUUGUUCUUCUACCUUUGUGGGCCGGGAACUUGGGUUGGGAAUGGAGGCGGGUCCGGACCAUACAGAAUGAGAUUAACGAGCUUGAGAAGCAGGUUAAGCCCAACCCAGUGACCCCAGAAGGGACGCCAGUGGAAGCAGUGCCGUCGCCGGUCGAACUCAAAAUUCAGCAAUUAACUGAGGAGAGGAAGGAGUUGUUGAAAGGGUCUUACAGGGACAGACACUUCAAUGCAGGAUCAAUAUUGUUAGGAUAUGGGGGGUAUUUGAGUCUACUGCUGGAGGGGUCAAAACAUGGUCGAGGACAGGAAAGCUCUUCCCUGCCCCCCAUUUGUUUGCAGGAGGAAGUAAGAAAUUUUUUAAAUGGUUCUAGAAAAACAUGCGGGUAGGCUGUAGCUGAACUGAAAUUUAGAUAAUUUAAGCUGCUGGAUUUUAUUUCAUCUCAUUGGUUUGAUUAUUGUUUUACAGCCAUUACCGUGCUAUGGGCAGCAUUAGCUGCUCUAGUUCCUUCAAUGCAGAAAGGAGGUGGGACUGCAAGGAACCUUCACAUUGCAUUGAAUGUAGUAAAUGUUCUUCUUUUUAUAUGGCAAAUUCCCACAGGAUUUGAUAUAGUUCUUAAAGUGUUAAGAGUUCACUACGUGGCCUUGAAUUAGCUUACUGUCAAAACUUCUCUGUUCUCUUGUGCCUACCCUUCUGUUUGUUUUCAGUUUCUUUUUGUUCUUGACCUCUCCCCUGAUGUUGUUUAUAGUGUUAUACCAGGAAAUAACUUGUAUUUGGUUAGUGUAUAAAGAAUUACUACUACA